UAUAUUUGUUUCUUUCAAAAACUUGACUUGGCUGGGCUCUCAUAUAUCCCCCCUGCAUUUCCUUUGAUUUUUCCUUUCUGGGCAUUUCAUUUUCUAUUCAAAAGCUCCAGCUUUUGGUGCUGUUGCUGCAUAAACAAGAAAAUAUUUUUUUUUUGGGUUCAUAAAGGAAAUCUCUUGGUAAAUGUGGGGGGCUCCUGCAGAACCUGCUGAUUCUUAUUAUGAGGUCCGGCCUGAAUGCACUGAUGUGCCAGUAACCAAAUUUAAAAUCAAGCCCGGUAAAACUCUAAGUGUAAGAAAAUGGCAAACUUCAUUUGCUCCAGAUGGGCAGCUGGAUAUAGGCAAAACUCUAAAUCGAAUCCACCGUGGGGGGAUCCAUCCAACAAUUAGAGGUGAAGUUUGGGAGUUUCUACUUGGCUGUUUUGAUCCUAAAAGUACCUAUGAAGAAAGGGAGCAGUUACGGCAGCAACGAAGGGAACAAUAUCAGAAAUGGAAGAACGACUGUCGUGAAAUCUUUCCUGUUGUUGGAAGUGGUCAAUUUAUUACAGCACCUGUAAUAACAGAAGAUGGUCAGCCAAUUCAAGACCCUUUAGUACUUUUAGAGGCAAAUAAUGCAGAUGGUCCGAAUAGUACAGAGAUUGUGCAGGAGCUAAUCAAUCGUGGUCCUUUGGAUAAGAAAAUAAUCGACUGGCUGCUCUUAUUACAUCAAAUAGGUCUGGACGUAAAACGAACUGACAGGAGCUUAGUAUUCUAUGAGAAGCAAGAGAAUUUGUCUAAACUUUGGGAUAUUCUCGCUGUAUAUGCCUGGAUAGAUACAGAUGUUGGAUAUUGUCAAGGAAUGAGUGAUUUAUGCUCCCCUAUGAUAAUUCUUCUUGACGAUGAAGCUGAUUCGUUUUGGUGCUUUGAACGUUUGAUGCGCCGAUUGAGAGGGAAUUUCAGAUGCACUGAAAGUUCUGUUGGGGUAGAGACACAACUUAGUCAUUUGGCUGCUGUAACUCAAGUUAUUGAUCCUAAACUUCAUCAGCACUUAGAGACACUAGGUGGAGGUGACUAUCUGUUUGCUGUUCGAAUGCUAAUGGUUUUGUUUCGCCGAGAGUUCUCAUUUUGCGAUUCGUUGUAUUUAUGGGAGAUGAUGUGGGCACUGGAAUAUGACCCGGAUUUGUUCUACCUAUACGAAGAACCAACACCAAGUCUGGAGGAAUCUAAGAAAAAGGCAAAAUCAAUGCGUCAUUAUGGGAAGUUUGAGAGAGAAAACAUGAAAAUAAAAACCGAUGAAGCCCCCCUCCCCAUUUCUGUUUUCCUUGUUGCCAGUGUCUUAAAAGAAAAGAGCACCAAGCUACUGCACGAAGCUCGGGGCCUCGACGACGUUGUUAAGAUUUUGAAUGAUAUAACUGGAAGCUUGGAUGCCAAGAAAGCUUGUAAUGAGGCAAUCAAACUUCACAAGAAAUAUUUGAAAAAGGUACUUCUAGUUUCCUUCUUGUGA